UGUUCUAAUUACAUAUCUGUUGCAAUUAUUUCAUCUAUACGACUACUAAUAUAUGACUUAAUAUAUUUUCAAAUGAUGAAAUUUGCUUGCCCAUUGUUGCACAACUUUAAAUAAUAUCGCUCCUUGGUCGACUACUAUUCUAGGCCACGGCACGGCAUGGUUCGCGGUGUCCGGAGUUCGUAUCACAGUACAAAGAACGCUAAUAUGUAUUAUGUGAAUGUGGUGAUGUGUAUUUCAAGUGACGUAUAAAAAUAUCAAUAAAUCGUUUUAUUUUUAGUCGUAGUUCGACAGUCGUGUAACUAGGGUUCUCUUGUCAUUUUUUUAUUUACUUAUUUCCGUCUUUGUGAUUCAGUUUGGUGACGAUAUUAAAAAUGGAACAGCAAAUCCCUCUAAAUAUACAAGAAAUUAUUCAGGCAACUGUUGACAGAGCAAUUGCUACUCUUUUAGAAUCUGGCCUUUUAAAAGAAAAGAAAGGAAGAAAACACCAUUCCCGAUCAAGAUCCCCACACAAGGGAAAGAAAGAUAAAAAGAAACAUAAGAAGAGAAGCAGCAGCUCGUCCAGUUGUAGCUCUGCCUCAGGCGAAGACGAAGGGAAGAAGAAAAAAGAAAAAAAGGAAAAAAGAUGCGCUGAAAGACAGUCGAGUAGAUCACAUUCGAGAGGAAGACAUUCUAGAUCUCGAUCAAGGUCUAAACAUCAUCAUAAGAUGCACCACCAUUCGAAGUCUCCAGCUACCCAUCAUCAUUUUCAUUAUUCUCCUUGUUGGUUGGCGGAAAAUUCUUCUGAAGGACCCUGUCACAAAAGCCAUGAUGGUAAAAGGAAAAAGCAUUCCCGUAGACUGCGCUGCAUGAAAUUUUACUACAAACAGGGACCAGCUACAUCUGAUGAAAAUGACGAACAAGAAAAAGACUGUGAACUAACGAAAAAUUUUGAAAACUUGGAGGUUGGAGAUAAUAAUCCCUCAGCUCCUCUUGUGACAAUAUCAACAGAAUAAUGAUAUCGGCUUGCGAUAUGUCAAGCAAAAUUUGAUCAUGGUUUUCAAUAUAUACAGAAAUAUUUUUUAUGUUUAACUAACUGAAAAUGGAAUGCAGUUCUGUCCAAACACCGUAGAUGGAGAUGAGAAUAGUCAACUUUGAUCUUUGGCCAAUUCAAUAAUAUAGCAGGAACAGCAAAGUGCAAAACACAUGACAUGUAUUAAAUAUUCCAUAAGCAGUAUUUCAAUAUUUAUGUGUAGAAAAUUAUUGUUUUCAAGACAUGAGGGUAUUGUAGGUGGAGGUAAAUAAAUAAAGAAUAUAUAAUUUCGUU